AUGUAGCGUUAUACAGCGUCGAACAAUUUUGUUGAUCUAUUGUGUGAAGAUAGGCAAACAUUUGGAAAAAUAAUUGUAAAUUGUUAUUUGUAAACUUUUUGUAUUUUAACCACAUAUACAUAUUUUAUGUAUAGACAAUGUAUCUGCUCGCGUAUAAACGUUUAGCAUCAAAUUUAUUAUUUCUCGGUUGAAGAAAGCCCGUAUGCAAAGAAUUUCGGAGUGGUCAGUGUUUGUUUAGUAACGAACAACAUGGUUAAGUGUAUUCUGUGUCUGGAAUACCCUACGAUACCGGGGCCAAAGUUCUUGGACAUAUUUUCCGAGGCUGGCUUGCGUCUGGGCAUAAGUUCGAUUAUUAACAAACACUUUUGGAUAAAGACGUGUAUACAGACAUAUCGUAAUGGCGACGAGAAGCAGCAAGUUUGCAUGACAUGCUGGGAAGUUGUGCGAGACUUUCAUAUACUAUACGAAAGAGUCGAAGAGGCCCACAAACACUUGGGAGCUGUACACACAAUAGAUAUACUAGAUGAUCCGCUACCUCAGCACGAUGUAGUUAUGCUCAAAUCUGAAGAUACCCCCGUGCCUAUGAUGCUACAAGAUCCCAUAAUGGGACACUCUUCUAUGGGCAAUAACUUGUUUGAUCCUGAAGUCAAGGUGGAAGUAAAUGACUUGGAUCUGCUGCCACAAAUAGAAAUCUUGGAAACUGAACAUGAUAUGUCAUCGAUGGGGGGAGUUGCAGACGAUGUAGAUGGCAACAAUGAAGAUGUAAAAAGUAGACGCACACGCAUUGCUUCUACGAGGGGUGAAAGUCCUAAACCAACGACCACAGCGAAACGUAUCAAAAAAGAGUCCUCACCUGCUCUGGAUAAGGAAAUGGACGAUGAUGGCGACGAUGUCUUUGGUGAUAGUGCUCAUGUAUACCACGAUUCCAGCGAUGAGGAUUCUGAUAGACCAUUACUGCCACCCCCUUCUUUGGAUGUUUUACAUGAGGACGAUAAUAAUGAAAAAGAAGUAGCACGGCCCAGGAGAGGUAGGCCUCGCAAAUCGGAAGCUGAAAAGGCUGCAGCAAAAGCCGCGUCACAGGCAACCAAAAAGACUCCCGUCGCACGUAAACGCAAUUCCAAAAAAUCACUUGCGGCCACAAUUAAAAGUGAGGGCGCUGAAAGCGAAGAACCAUCAUGUUCAACAUCGGCGGCAACGUCGACCACACACAUCAAAACCGAGGGGGAAAUGGCGCAGGAUCAUCAAAGUGAAGACAAACCAAGUACAGUUGACCCAAGUAAUGAACCCUUCGAGAUACCCGACUUUACAAAUGACAACGAAGACGACGACGAUGACCCUGAGUAUGGAGACAAUGAUUUUGUAGCCAAAGAUUCGGAUGAAUCCUCCAAUUCCGAAUCCGAAGAUGAAAAUGAUUCGGAUGCCUCUGACUGGAUGGCCGAUAAGGUUAAAUCAGAGAAAUUUGGUGUUAUUCGGAAAAAGGAACGUAAUACGCCCAAAAAGUAUAAGAAACGGGAAAAGACCGCAUCCGAACCCAAACGUAUGUCCAAAGAGGAUAUUGCGGCCCGCCAAGCUCAACAAGCCGAAUACGAUAACAUCAUUAUCAAGUUCUUUGAGAAGUUACGUUGUCCCAAAUGUGAAUUGCUGGUGCAAACGUUCAGUGAGAUGCGUGCCCAUUUCAGAAUCGAUCACAACGAUGAUCACGGGUUUGUCGAGUGUUGUGGCCGCCGAUUUGCCACGCGUAAAUUUUUAGCUGAGCACAUUAUGGUCCACUACAACCCCGAGCACUUUAAAUGUAAAACAUGUAAUAAAAUAUGUCGUGAUUCAACACAAUUGGAGGCUCACGAGCAAACACAUCUGCCCAAUCCACCCGAAUCAAAAUACAAAAAGACCUUCCAAUGUGAGAAAUGUUCGAAAACAUUCUCAUCGAAGGCAUCGUUUGAACAUCAUAUGGUGGCGAAGCAUGUCCCACGCGAAGAAUUUAAGUUCGAGUGUCCUGAAUGUAAGAAAAAAUGCCCAACAGAUCGUAAACUAAAAGAUCACAUGAAAUCUGUGCACGAUCCACAACGUUCAGUGAUCUGUGAUAAAUGUGGCAAAACUCUGAAAAGUGGUUAUAGUUUGAAAAAACAUCAUGAGCUAGAGCAUUCAGAUAAACCAAAACCAAUACCGAUACCACAGCAAUGUGAAAUUUGUGGUGCAUGGCUGAGGCAUGUGGCGGGUUUAAAACAGCACAUGAAAAAUAUACACGAAUCAGUUGAUGCCGAACAUCGUUGUCAUAUUUGUAAUAAGGUCUCAUCAACGGCAAGAGCCUUGAAACGGCACAUUUAUCAUAAUCAUGAGUGUGCCAAGAAAUUCCAGUGUACCAUGUGUGAGAAGGCAUUCAAAAGGGCUCAGGAUUUAAGGGAACACACAUCAGUGCACACCGGAGAGGUAUUAUAUACCUGUCCCAAUUGUCCCAUGACAUUUUGCUCCAAUGCCAAUAUGUAUAAACAUCGCCAACGUUUACAUCGCACCGAAUGGGAGGCAGAUCGUAGUAAACCUAUACCCCCCAAUAUAAUGAGACAAGCCAAACAGGGCAGUAAAAUCCUUAAGAAUCGAAAAAGUAGCGAUAACUUUGAUUGUGAUGAAGAUAACAAGUUGUUGGUACCAAUUGUGCCCAAAGCAUCACCUGCCACAGCCAUAAUACCCAGUCAGCAGCCACCAUUUCAAAACUCCUCUUUAAACAUAACAUAUUCAAUGGCUAUGCCUUAAUUUGAGUCAAACAAAAUAUUUUUUUUAUGUUUCUAAUAUUUAUCAUUUGAAUUUCGUCAAAAAUAUGAUAUAUGGGAUAAAUUGUUGUAUAUAUAUAUUACUUUUCAAUAGUUAUUUUUAAAGUUUACUAUCAAUAAGUAUAAUUAUGGUAUUAAGAUUUUUUCAAAAUAAUGAUCCGGUCUUUUGUUUACUACAGUCCGUUUAAAUUCUGAUUACAAUAAAUUAAUUUAUUGUCCCCCAAUCAAAGAUUCUGUAUUAAUAUGCAGUUUAUGUCUAUCUUCGUUUGAAGAUAAUUUUUCUCCAAAUAUAAUGGAAUACUGUAAAUUGAUUUUAAGGUCACUUAAGGUAUGGCGGAUAUGUAAGAUAGGCUGUAGUAUUAGUUUGUAAGCUAACAUUAAAUUACACACACGCAUACAAAUAAAAUCCAAAUCUAUAUAUAUAAAAGAAAGUUGUGUUAGUUACUACGCUUAUAACUUAAGAACCGCUGGACUGAUUUUAACGACUCAUACAAAUUCGGAAUUGUCUCCUCUCCGAAAAGGAUAAUAUCCAAAAAAAUCGCGUAAAAAUGUGAUAUAUUAACAUUUUCAUUUUGACUUUUCAAAUGUACAAUAGCAAUGUUUUAUUUUGCAUGAUUUUUUUCCAUUUUGGCUUACUUUUUUCUAAUGUACAUUUGUAGUGUUUUUUAUAUUUUAUUUUUGAAUUCAAAUAUUAAUACCAAUUUAUUUAAUUGACUUGAUUUCU